AUGGAUCCUUGUGAAAUGUUUCGCAACCUGAAUCAACGUCAGCGUUCUUCGCAGUCGUUUUCAGAAUCCAAAGAAGAGGGACAACAAAAGGAUUGCGGAUUGUCCGCCUCAAAGUUAAAUUUGGUCAGAUGUAACAGCCUUGACACGGAUAAAGCAAUGGUAAAAAGCAUUUUGAAAUCUUCCUGCUUGAGAAAGAAAGCUUGCCUCGAAGCAUGCGGAGAAAAAAUGACUGAAAAGAAAAGUGUCUGUUUCGCUAGGCAAGCAUCAGUGACAGAUACUUAUAGCCCUGAUCAUUACGAUGAGGAAGGACAGCUGAAAGAAUGUCCUAUCGAAACUGUUGAUGUUAAGGAAUCAUACUUACUUUGCAAAAAGCCGUCCAAAAUUUGUAGACAAAUAAAUGGAGGUGGUGAAUACUGUAAAAACGGAGAGAUCUACGUUAGAGGAUAUGAUGACGAUAGUGAUGACGAAAACGAGAAUGGGGCAGAAAAGAAAAAGAAAGCUUUUAAGAAAAUUUUGUGGGAAAGACUGGUUAAAGUCUGCUCACCGGAAGAAUAUAAAAAGAUGAAAGCUAAAUGCAAAUCAGUCCAUGCCAAGAAAAUUAGCAUCUCAUCGGCGAUUGGCAUACCGGACAAAGGUUGCCCAUCCUAUUACAAUCAGUGCCCAAGCCUUUUUGGUUCCUUCACAUAA